CAUCUUGAUAAUUUUCUCGAAUCUAGAUAUAUUUAUGGGUUCACUCCUUUGCCAACCUUACCACCAUUACCACAUCACAGCUUUGUAUUUCCUCCACAUACUUUCCCGACCCUACCACCACAUACAUUUCCUACAUUACCUCCGCACACAUUUCCAACAUUAUCACCACAUACUUUCCCUACUUUUCCUCCUCAUUCUUUGCCUACUUUGCCUCCUCAUUCUUUGCCUACUUUGCCACCACAUACCUUCCCCACUAUACCACACACUUUUCCACAAUUGUCGCAUCAUUUUGCCCGAGGCGGAGGUUGCCAACAAGGCUGUUCAAUUGGUAGUUGUUCUUCAGGUUGUUUGCCUCCAUUUUCAACAUUACCUCCUCAUACCAUACCUCCAUUGCCUCCACAUCCAUUUCAUCAAGCCAAUCCACCCCGCAUUCAUCCUGGUUAUUCACAUUUAGCUACUGCUCACGGUUCUCCUUUGCUCCAACCAAGUGGCAUUAAUGAAACAAUUACUUUAUUACCAUUACUUUCAUCUUCUUUGCCUUCUUAUAGUUUCCCUACUCAUACAUUCCCAACAUUACCUCCUCAUAUUUUAUUCUCUGGAUUUCCCACAUUAUCACCUUUCACAGCUGUAGCUGCCGUAAAUGAGGAACGACCAGCAACUAUAGAUAACCCAGUCACUACUUCUCCCACACCAGUUGCAAUUACUUUACCGCCUUUUCCAUCAUUUGAGGAUAUUAUGAAAAUGUUGGGAUUGCGUCCUUACACUUCACCGCAUCAUUCAGCUUCAAUGACACGAUAUGAAUCGCCAUCUUAUUUCCCUUAUGCUCCACACCAACAUGAAAAUCUACAAAACGCAGUAAUUCAACAAAAUGAACAAUACCAGUUUGUUAGGCCGUGA